AUGAGAGAGGUAGUUAGCUUGAACGGCGGGUUGCCAAAUCGCAAACUCCUGCUGGGAGUUGUAUUGUCUGGAACAUGGCAUUCAGGCCAGGGUAAAUACGUUCCCCGAACCAUCUACUGCGAUCUUGAGCCAAAUGUCGUGGACGAAGUCCGCACCGGACCAUAUCGUGCGCUUUUCCACCCAGAACAGAUGAUCACUGGAAAGGAGGAUGCAUCCAAUAAUUACGCUCGUGGUCAUUAUACCGUGGGUAAGGAGAUGAUCGACCAAGUCCUUGACAAAGUCCGCCGGGUGGCAGAUAACUGCAGCGGUCUCCAGGGCUUUUUGGUGUUCCAUUCCUUUGGAGGCGGCACGGGAUCCGGCUUCGGUGCACUUCUGAUGGAGCGUCUGUCCGUGGACUACGGCAAAAAGACAAAGCUAGAAUUUUGUGUCUACCCUGCGCCCCAGAAUGCCACUUCAGUUGUCGAACCUUACAACUCGAUUCUCACAACGCAUACCACCCUAGAACAUUCUGAUUGCAGUUUUAUGGUGGACAAUGAAGCAAUCUACGACAUCUGCCGCCGGAACUUGGGUAUCGAGAGACCAAGUUAUGAAAACUUGAAUCGCCUCAUGGCUCAAGUCGUUUCCUCAAUUACUGCUUCUCUCCGAUUUGACGGCUCCUUGAACGUUGAUCUGAACGAGUUCCAGACCAACUUGGUACCCUAUCCCCGGAUCCACUUUCCGCUAGUUGCGUUCUCCCCGGUCGUAUCUGCGGCAAAGGCGUCCCAUGAAUCCAACUCUGUCAUGGAGGUAACUAUGUCCUGUUUCGAGCCUAAUAACCAGAUGGUCAAGUGCGAUCCUCGUAACGGCAAAUACAUGGCAACCUGUCUGCUGUACCGUGGAGAUGUCGUGCCCAAGGAUGUUCAUGGUGCCGUGGCGACACUGAAAACGAAGCGUACCGUCCAGUUCGUUGACUGGUGCCCUACUGGUUUCAAGAUUGGUAUCUGUUACCAGCCUCCCCAAAUGGUGCCUAAUGGCGACCUUGCAAAAGUCAACCGCGCUGUUUGCAUGUUAUCCAACACCACCGCCAUCUCCGAAGCCUGGACGGCACUUUCUCACAAAUUCGACCUCAUGUAUUCUAAGCGCGCAUUCGUCCACUGGUAUGUGGGUGAGGGCAUGGAAGAGGGUGAAUUCUCCGAGGCUCGCGAGGACCUUGCAGCGUUGGAACGGGACUAUGAGGAAGUUGCCAGCGAUUCUCUGGAAGAGGAGGUUGAGCCCGAAUAUUAA